AGUCGGCUGGAUCAGCAAUUUUCUCAGGAAAUGGCUAUAGACACCAUCCUCCAUUCUCUUCAUAGCGGGUAUGAUCAGUUCAAACUGAACUACAGUAUGAAUAGUCUGGACAAAACGCUCACUGAGCUUCACGGUAUGCUGAAGACCGCUGAAAAGACGCUCAAAAGUGAUAAGCAGGAUGUGCUUAUGGUGCGUGGGGGCAAGUUCAAGAAAUCUGGAAAGAAGAGGAAUGCUAAGAAAGGUGGCAACAAGGCCAGCCCAACUAAGCAAACUGGCGCCAAAUCUGUAAAGAGGAAGGUCAGUCAACCCACUUCUGAAUCCGAAUGCUUCUACUGCAAGAAGAAGGGGCAUUGGAAGAGAGAUUGCUUGAAGCUAAAGGAAGAUCAGAAGAACGGAACAGUCGUUCCAUCUUCAGGGACUAAGAAUAAGUAGAAAGUUAAGCAAGGGUGAAGUCGACCUACGAGUGGGAAAUGGAGCACGGAUUGCUGCAUUAGCUGUAGGAAC